CGGCUCCAGCCGCGGAGACGUCCAGGUGUUCCCAACAAAUGUCCCGGCGCAGAUAACGCGCGACGCCGGCUCCUCCGGGCUGCGGCUCCAGGCAGUCGCCGGGAACGCACGUUUAGGCGCCGUUUCUCCUGUGCGCCCCCGCGGCUGCGCUGCUGUCAGAACGGCGGCACUUGCGUGCUGGGCAGCUUCUGCGUCUGUCCGGCGCACUUCACCGGCCGUCACUGCGAGCAUGACCAGAGACACAGUGAUUGCGGUUCCCUGGAGCACGGCGCUUGGACCCUCCGCGGCUGCCGCCUCUGCAGGUGCUUGUUCGGGUCCCUGCACUGUCUCCGCCGCCAGACGCUGGGCCGCUGUGAUCUGAAGGACUUUCUCUCUGCACACGUCACUGGCCUGAGGGCAUCUUUCCUGCUGAGCUUGCUGCUGCUGCUGCUGCUUUGCUACUUUGUGCAAUGACACCCUUGAGGGGACACAAACUCCCUCCUGGUGAGGCUAGGAUCAGCCCUUAGCCACGCAGAAGCUCCCUCUGCUCGUUUGCAAACAGUACUUCUGACACCUUGGACGAAUGCUUUCAGUGCGUAGUAAACAGGCACACCAAAG